AUGCCCAAGAGAAUAACCCUUACUGAAGAACAAAAAAGUGAACUUUGUGCCUUCGCUCGUGUUAAUAAAAAAAAUCGAUCACAAUAUAUUGAUUGGAUUGAAAACAAGUGGAGUCUUAGAGUCGAUGAAAGUACAAUUUCACGUAUCUUGAAGAUAUCUGAGGAACGACUUGAUAAUGGAAUCAGUAAUUCUAAAACAAAGCGUCACAGAGCUGUUACCUAUCCAGAACUUGAUCUCGCCCUUAAAGAGUUCAUGCUGAUUUAUCAGCAUCGAACAGUUUUAACUGAUGCUUUACUCGUCGAAAAAGCAAAGGUACUUGCUGAUGGUUUGAGAAUCUCUCAAGGGACACUAAAUUUUUCUCCUGGCUGGCUUUAUAAAUUCAAGAAUCAAAAUGGUAUUCGUCUACGACAGCUUCAAGGAGAAGCCGCAUCCGCUGACAUGGUGGCAAUUAACAAUGUCAUGCUGUUAAUAAAAAAUAAAUGUGCAAGUUACCCUCCUGAAAGAAUCUACAAUAUAGACGAGACCAGGCUUUUCUAUCGGUAUAAGUCUCUUAUUAAUGGCUCUCACAAGAUAGAUCCUCUUGUAAUUGGAAAGUACAAAAAACUGCGUUGCUUUAAAAACAUCAGAAUUAGUAAUUUGCCUAUGAAAUACAGAAACAGUGCUAAAGCCUGGAUGAUCAUAUCUCUUUUUCAUGAGUGGAUUCUUGAAUUUGAUUGCCAAGUCGGUUUGAAGUAUCAGGGCCAACGUGUGCUUUUGCGCCUUGAUAACUGCCCUAGCCAUGAUAUUGGCAGUGUUAUUCUCCGAUUUACUGAGGUUUUAUUUUGCCCCAAACACAACCUCAAGGAUUCAGCUCAUGGACGCCGGUAUCAUUAUGAGUUUCAAGAGGAAUUAUCGUCUUGGAUGUUACAAGAAGUUGAAAAUGGACAGCAUGCAGAAGAUUUAAAAAUGAAUGUGUUACAAGCUAUCCAUUUUAUCAUUCAAGGGUGGGACGAAGUUAAAGCCAACACAAUUCGCAAUUGUUGGUAUCAAACAAAGAUUCUUUCUGCAGAUACCAACUCUAAUUUACGAAGUUCUUUAGAGGAUUUUCACCAAACCACUAACCCUGUUCUCAACAAUAUUGCCGAUGCACUUAACGCUCUUGACCUUCUCGAUCCUAUGCAAGUUGAAGAGUAUUUGGCAAUCCCUGAAGAAAAUAUCGUUUAUGAAGUUCCCUCUAAUGAUCAAGUUAUUACAGAGCUUGAUUGUACAGAAGAAUAUGUUAAUCUUGUAAGAAGGAUUGAAAAAUUUAUCAAAAAGACAAAG